AUGAAAGAAAAAAUAAAGAAAAAGCUUAUUCAACAGUUGUUAAUAGAUAAUUCUCCACCAAAUAGUGACAAUGAAGUACAUCCAGCUGAACAAGAUCCUCUCACUCAAUCAGCUCUAAGCCUCAUACCUAAUUCGUAUCUAAAUCGUUUGGAUUACGGAAAAGUAGAAAAAUUAGUAGAAAAUAUUAAUACACAAAAGCGUGAAGACAUUAAAGAGCGACUAAUGUUUGGUGAAAUACUUUCCAGAAGUGUUGGAGAAGGGUACAAGUGCUUGAGGAAAAAGGAUAAGAAAGAAUUCUCUAAUGUGGUUAUAACGGAAAAGGAAAAGUUUAAAAAAUAUAAACUCUUGACACAAACAAAAAUAUUUACAGUAAGAGAUAAAAAAGAAAAUAAGACGGCUAAAAAUGAAAACUUAAAAGAGCAACUAAUUUUGGAGUAUUUGACGAUGAGGAGAUGA